AUGAUGUCCGACGACUUCUCUUUCGACUCUCCCUUCAGCCCGUCCAACUCCUCCAAUGUUAAUGACGGUGUUCUCGGUGACUCCAUCUUCCCCGAAUGGACCAACGGCCGGGGCGACAGCCCCGAUGAGAUGCAAAGGAAAGAUCCGCUCGCUGCUCAGAUCUGGAAACUUUACACCCGCACGAAAUCUCAAUUACCCAACGCAGAGCGCAUGGAGAAUCUCACAUGGCGGAUGAUGGCCAUGAAUUUAAAGCGCAAGGAACGGGAGCAACUCGCUCGCGGGGAGAUCAAGAGCCCGAUACCGAGCGGCAUCGCGCAGAUGCGCUUGUCCGACCGAGCAUCCACCGCUGACUCGAACCCUUCGCAUGCGAUGAAACACGAUGCGACCCCAGAUCCCAUGAAUCUGGAUGACUUCAUUAUCCCCUUCGAUUCUCCCGAGCACUCCUCCCAUCCGCCUGCCGAUAGAAACUUUACUGCGACGCCCACAGGGAUCCCUAUCAAAUCCCGUAAGGAUCAUGCCAUGAUGGACGCAUCGGUCGCCGCCUCGUUCCCCCACCCUCCCCAGGAGCAGCGAACCAAUUCCGAAUUUGGAUACGUCCCCCGCCGGGUCCGCAAGACAAGCGUCGACGAGCGCCAGUUCUUCGCUGCCGCGCUUCCCGACUACUCGCUCGAUCAGCCCUCGCCCUUCGCCGUUCCUAGCAACGGCACAUUGGGCUCGCGCAGGCAUCAGCAUACGUCUUCUGGCCUGCCCUACGGGCUGGACACCUUUGGCAUCGGCGAAGACCACGGGAUCAAUUCGGCCGGUCCCUAUCAGCAGCACUUUACAUUCUCGCCUUCAGAGUCCCCCAUGACCUCAGGCAAUCCAUUUUCGAACCUGUAUGCUCACACGCCACUCGCCUCGUCCCUCAACUCGACCGAAUUCUUCUCACCCCCGCCUUCUGGUUAUCAGUCCGCCGUGUCAACCCCACAGCCCAUUUAUGAAGGGGAGCAGUCGAUGUUCUUCUCCGAUGCGCCCUCGGCUGAAUCUCACAAUCAGCGCCGCAUCCCCAGCUACCUUCAGCAACGAUCGUCCAACUUGUCGGCGUCGCUGCAGCCUCGCUAUAUGUACAAUGUGUCCAGUGGCGAGUCGCAGCCAGGCAGUGCAGUCACUGGACCACCGGCUCCAUCGCACGUGUCUGGAUUUUCCGUGCCGCAACCGCAGCAUGUCAACCCGUCGCAGGUGCUUGGUUCUGGCGAGUAUUCUACCACCGCGCCCGCUAGCAGCAUGUUUACUUUCGGUGGGGACUCGGAUAACGAGGACGACGAUGGUAACUUUGAACGAGGGGGUAUUGCUAUGCCCAAUGACUUCGCCUCUAUGGAUGAGUCUGGCGAUAUGAACGGUGGUCUCCAAUGGGAUGGAGGAUUCCCCGGAUCAGUCCAGUCCCUGCCAGGCUUUAGUGCUCAGCACCGCAAGCAUGUUACCAUCGGCUCCACCGAUAUGAUCGAUGGACCUUCCGAGUGGCAUCAGGGAAGCACCCUUGGCCGUGGGCACGGAUCUGCCGCUUCGGUGAGCGAUGUGCGCAACCGAGACCAAGAUCCUCGUCGUUACGGCAAGGUCCCGCGGACUUCGUCGACUCCCAACGCUGCUGCACUGCUUCGUCAAAGCUUGAAUGGCUCAACCAGCGGUCCCCCGACAAACCACCCCUCUCCCAACACCCCUCCUGAGUCUGGCCUCAGCAGUGCUGUACCAUCGCGACCAGCCAGCCCCGGUGGGUCGAAGAACGGCGACCCAAAUGCCGGACCGACCACCUGCACCAACUGUUUCACCCAGACCACCCCUCUCUGGAGACGCAACCCCGAGGGCCAGCCGCUUUGUAAUGCCUGUGGCUUGUUCUUGAAACUUCACGGUGUCGUGCGGCCACUCUCGCUAAAGACGGAUGUUAUCAAAAAGCGCAACCGUAGCAGUGCGAACACUCUUGCUGUUGGCACUUCUCGGUCGUCCAAGAAGUCUUCACGCAAGAACUCCAUCCAACAUGCUCCGUCUUCGUCGAUUACAUCGCGCGUCAACACCUCCGAGUCGCCACCAUCCAUUUCCGGAUCGAGCGGAAUGGGGAAACCCGGUGUUGUGCCUAUUGCCGCUGCUCCACCUAAGUCUGGCCCCGUUGCUGGGGUGGCUCAAGCCCGUGCUGGCGUGCAGGUGGCUCCCAGACGGCAACGCCGACUCGAAAAGGCGCCGACCGGGUCGGAACCGGAUGCAGAAGAAAGUCCAAAGUCGACUGCGCCUGCCAGCCGAUCCAAGGUCGUGCCUUUGGCCCCUGCGAUGGCCCCUGCUGCCGCCAACCCGGCCAACCACAGUAUUGCUGGCGGGCAGGGUGCAAGCCAGGAGUGGGAGUGGCUGACAAUGAGUUUGUAG